AUGGCUUCCGAAGAGAUUUCAGGUUUGCUAGUUUAUUGUGAAAAGGUUAAAUGAAUAUUUUUUGUAGAAACGACAAAAAACACCACAAUUGGUAAGGAGAACGGGAGCUCAAAUAAAACAAUACCGAAAGAAGAAAUGAGCGAAAAGCUGGUUUCGGUUAAGAAAGAAGCCGAACCGACGGUUACUGGUCGGGAAAUCAUCAAAAAGUUCCAAAAGGUAAAAAAAAACAAUUAGGGUUUUCGGAAUUAUUUUAAUUUUUCAGGGCGACCUCGUUGCCCAUGCGACCUACAGGAAGAUCUGUAACGCACUGAGCACCUUGGAAUCCUGGCCUAGUGAUGCGGCGAAAAUCCAGCUUUUGGAGCAGUUCCUAGACCUUGGCGAUAUCCUGGACAAUCAUUGUGAUUUACUAGUUCAGAAUAUUUUGGUUUGUGAAUUAUAUUUUUUUGCUAAAGUUAGGAAAAUUGUCUAGAACCUUCGCUGGAGCUGCGUUCCAACGUCGGUUCUGCCGGAUUUUCGGCGUCUGCUGUGUGAAUUGGGCGUCCGACAGCUUUGCUUCACGGAAAUCGUCUACCAAAGUGUCGUGAAUCGGUUCAUACCCGAAAUGAAUAUGGAUGGUAGCUAUUUAGCUUAGUUUUCAAGUUUCAAAGUAGAUUUUUCAGAAGAAACAAAGGUCGAAACUGUUUCGUUGGAUGAAGAGAAACAGAAGAGUCUUUAUAUCAUGGCCCAUCAGAUCUUGGCUCAUAUUAUCAAGUGUUUCCCAAUGUGAGCUUUCUCUUCAGAAGGUUUCUUAGAGGUUUUCAAGGGUGCAGAAGUAUUGCAUGAUUAAAAAUAUAAUUUCUUCUCGAUAUAUUCUCAGUAAAUAUUUGUAUGCUCCUUUAAAAACUCUUUUAGUUUUAGAACAAUCAUACAAAUUCAUCUCUCGUUUUUAGGUCGGCGAAAACGCUGCUGAAAUGCGUACGAUCGCAAUUUCCGCACUACACCCAGACGCCCAAAAAAGCAGCCGCCUACAUGAGGAACUUGAUUAUUAUGCAGCAGUACACGCCGACUAUUAGAACCGAUGUGUGGGAGGCUAUAAUUGCCAGAUUGAUCAGAGAUGAUGUUCGUAUUGAAGUUUUUUGUUGAAAAGUUGUAUUUAAGAACAAUUGUUAAAACUGAGUAUAUCGAUUGAAAAAAAGUUGAGCAAAAAUAACGAAAUUUUUUUCGAAUUUUUUUGAAAAAAAGUUUUUUUCUUUUUUUUCUUGAAUUAACUUUGAACCAAUCGCAAAAAUAUGAUAUAAUCUAAAUUUUUUUCGAAACUUUCCAAAGUUUUUCUUUAUCAAGUUUCCAACAUAUAAGUUUUUUUUUUUUGCAGGCUCAUGUUUCCAAAUCCGAACUUGGAGAUGGAUCGGGAAGCCCGUCGCUUUUCGCCAUGGUUAGUGGAAAAAUAAAAAAAAAAUAUUCCUCAAAUUUCACUUUUUAGGAUGACGACGUCCUUCUUGACGACGUCGACAUGACCCGUCAGAAUACGUACGUCGACGAGCGUCUCGAACAACUUGACGUCACGAUAACCGAUAUUAUGACGUACAUUACGAUGGUCCACAAUCCAGCUGCUCCAGCUCCUUCUUUCGUUGAAGGUGGCUUUUAAGUUUGAAAAUUUCAUCCAGUUUAAAGCUUUCUAUCAUUUCUUGUACGUUUCAUGUUAAAUAAUCAAGUUUUUAAAAAUCGUUCUGAUAGGUAAAUAGGUCGAAAACCUGUUAAAAAAUUAAUUUUUGGUGUAUAUUUUAUUCAGACUUGACUCGAAUCUCUUCUUUCGUGAAAGUUUGUGAAAAAUCAACUAUUUGGUAUGAUUUUUUUAUAGAUUUCAAACGAAAAUCAUCUAUUUGGUAUGAUUUUUUUAUAGAUUUCAAACGUAAAAAAACUCCAAAAAAACAUACCAACUAAUAAAAUUGAGAAAAAAAUUUAAACUUAUAAAGAGAAAAAUAUGAGAAUUUUUUUCCCGACGGUUGAAAGCGUGUUUAGAAACGUAUAUUUCAUGGAUUUUUCAUUUUGAUAACUUGAAAAUAUUUUUGAUUUGUAAACCUGAACUUUAAAAAAUAUGAUAAUUACGCUGAGAAGCUUCUAAAAAGGUUGAGAAAAUGAAAUAAUGAUCGUUCACAGAUUCCAAAUGGCUGAUGUUGGCCGGUGACGUCACUUCCGAUCAACUUUUUUCCACCUUUGUGGGCAUUUUGGAGACACAAAUGCUGAUGGCCAGCCACGUCCGUCACGUCUCCUUCAUUUGGCUCUAUUUGUGCUCACUGAGAACGGUAAAUAUGAUAUCAUGUGUAUUUUGUUAUAUUUCAACAUUUGUGCCUCUUAUUCUGUAUUUGUAUGGUGUUGUAUGUGUUAUAAGCUCCAUUUUGUAUCAAUUUCUUACAAUUUUGGCUUUUUUUCACUCUGGUUAGGAGUUAUGUUUGAAAUGUUUGACUUUAGUUUGAAUCUUCUAGUACCGAUCCUUCUAAUUUUUGCAGUUUUGAGAAAUUUUACACAAUCUCUGGAUAGUUUAAAAAAAAAGCAUUUUGCUAUAGCAAUAUAUAACAAAUUGAUGAGGUGAAGAGUUUAGGAAGCAAAAUUAGGAAGAAAAGUCUGAAACAUUCAGAUUUUAGCUCAGGAACUGUAUGGAAAUAGGUGCGACUUCAAGAAAAAAAUUUUUUUUUGAGUUAAUCAGGAAUUACUCUCAUGAAUUGACUUUCUCAGGAGUACGCGCCGAAGAUUCUGGAAGCCUUGUGGUCGAUCGUAUGCAGAUUGCCUAGAGCUCCGGCCGAUUCGAAGAAAAGUCAAGGAGCUGCGGCUUACUUUGAUGCCUUUUUGGCUCGGGCCAAGUAUAUUCGCAUUGGGUUGGUUUUAUUGAGAAAUUUCUCAAAAAAUAACUUUUUCAUCAUCAUUCUGUAUGAAAACAUUUCCUAGAAAACGACUGUUCGUAAUAAAAACUGUUCUUCUAAGAGCCGUAGAUGAAUCUCAGUUUUUUUCCGACUUAAGUUAUGAAAAUAAUUGACUUUUCUUGCUCUUUUGAAAAAUAGCUUCAAAAUUAUGAUUCUCAUGAAAUUUUCUGAUUUUCAGUGACGGAUUCAUCUGGCUCGAGGAAAUGUUCCAAUGGUUGCUUCGCUAUGUAGAUCAGUGUGCUUCGGGUGGAUCUCAGGUAGUUUUUCGAGAACCUUUUUAAGAAGAAAAUGUAGUUGAUUUGCAGACUUUGCCGGGUUUACAACGUCAUGGAACGUUUUACGCUGUUUGCCAAGCAUUUUUCCUCGUCUUCUCCUUCAGAUAUCGCGAAUUCGUGAGGAAUCGAGGUGAUUAGGCGAUUUUUCGUGAGAAAUAUUUAGUUUGAAUUGAAUGAAAUUUGAAUUUUCCGUGUGGAUCGUAGAUGAGUUUGAUUGUCUUUUUUCAGCUGUUUUUCGAGUUUUUAGCUCCGAUUUCCCUUUACAAUUUUUAAAAACGUACCUAACAGGGUACAUUAUUUUCUCCUUGAAAAAAAUAUAGGAUUAAUUCAGAAAUUUUCUGUUCCUCCUAUGUAAAAUUUGCUAUUUUUGUAAAAUACUCUAAAUUUCCCACUAAUUUAAUUGAUAACCUUAUAAAUUAUAGAACAAAUGGACGUCAUCCGCCAUUGGGGCCUCGGAAGAAUCGUCCAUUCCCCAUUGGAUCCCCUGAAAUUCGUCUCGAGACCUGUCGCCCUUUGCUUUUCUGCCAUUACCAGGUCUUUUUUCCGUUAAUUGAGGUCAAAAUUAAUAUUUUCGUUACAGAUCUCUCCAAUUGGUGUACUGCGGCCAUUUGAUUCCGGUGAAUGACGAUGUUGACCGGCCUUUUGAAGAAAUGUUUCCCUUGGAUAGCUAUAAUCUGAAAGUGUAUGUUGAUUGGGACAUUUGUGCUUGAAAAUGGAGAAAAAAUACAGCUUGGGAAAAUUUGUUUAAGAUUUCUUUGAAGAUGCGGCAUGUCUCUGUGCAUGGGCCUUUAAUAACACCAGAUUUUAAGGCUUAAUUAAAGGCGCCGGCAGAGGUGCUGGGAAAAUUUUUAGUGGCCUCUAUAGGGUUUUGACGUUUUGGUGGCCACUAUAGUAAUCAAAUUAGCGGCCACUCAAAGGGUUAAAAGUUAGUGGCCACUAUAGAGGUCUAAGUGCUACUACUAGACCACUAAAAGUUUUAGUGGCCACUUUAGGGGUCAAUGGAUCAACAUAACUGAUCCAAUAUGUUUGUUUCAAAAUUAUCAGAGUUACUGGAAGGAAUACUGGAUGAAAAACUACUUAAGUGACCACUAAAUAAAGAACCUCUAUAGUGGCCCCUAAAACGGAAAAUAGUGGCCACUUCAGUGUCCUCUCUAAGUAAUCCGUGGCGAGCCUCUAUAGUGGCCACUAAAAAUUUUCCCAGUACAGGACGCGCGCAUUUAAAAAUUGGGUUCUGUAGCGUGGAGGAAGAGAAAAUUGUGAAAAGCUCACGCGGAAUGGUUAUAUUGCAACACAGCCAAUUUCGAGAAAGUUUUUGAAUGUGAAUUAGUUGCAGAAGCAGCGAGUACGUGACGUCACUGAUGAGACGCUUCUCGCCGCUGGCUGAAGACGUGAGCACGGUGUCGGCGGCGUUGAGCUGGAACGCCAAAACCAACGAAAAGCUGACCGACAAGGACGCCAGCAACGGCGGCAACAAGGAAAUGGAGCAGUUCGCUGCGGAGAUGGCCUUCUUGGAUGAAGAUGACUUUGCCAUUGGUAGGGGUUUCUUUCGUGUUUGUUAAAAAUGACAAGGAAAAUGGAUUGAAUCAACAUUUAGGGCCAGUUUUUGGUUUCAUAGGCAAAUUCGGAAAGGGCGGGAAUAGGCAAAGGUUCCGUUUUUGCGCCUUUUCUUCCGCUUUUAUGCACCAUUUUUGCUGCCUCUCCCUUUUUUUCCACCAUUUCUUGAGCCUUUAAAUUCGUAGAAAAAAUGGAAGGCUCGAUGACGGGACCCUUUUUGGUGACUUUCUGCGGCUUUUUUUGGGUUUUUCUUUGAAUAAUAAUUUAUUGACAGAUCAGCGUGAACCCUAACGAGUUCACUUGGAUCUAGAAUUUGAGAAAAUACAUUAUACAGUUAUACAUCAUUUGAGUCGGGGAGGAAUAGACAAGAAGAUCUCGUGCAAUGGUAGAUUGACCAGUAAAUUUUUUAAAGACUUGGAGUGGUGGCUGAAUUGAAAUUUGGAAGUGAGUUUGUUCCAAGUAGGAAUUGUUUUAAAGAAAAAAAUCAUUAGAAAACUGACCUUGAGAACGCAGUCGAAGUGGAUUUUGCCUUAAAUUGGACCUGAGGGCAAAAAGUUCGAACUGCGGAAAAUGAUCGAUACCGAAGACAAAGUUCGUGAAAAAAAUUUUUUUGAAAGUUCGUGAAAAAAACGUUUCAUUAUUAUUUUUCACUUCCUAAUGUUUCCAUGACCUAAAAACUUGCAAUUUCCUAUUUCAAAGACGUUUUUCAAUUUCCAGGAUCGGUCCGAGAACGCUGUGGAUCCCAGAGCAACCGUAUCACCGUCUACUCUUCAAGUCCCGGCCUGAGAACUUUCGAAACUCCCUAA